AUGUCUUUCCAAGAGCCCUGCGACCCUGUCGCGGAUGACCCCGCAGCCACGGCAGUUCCUGACCCCGUUGGUCCUGAUGCUUCUCAGCGAACCGCAUCGCAGCAAAACGCAUUGAUAGCCAUCAAAGACGUAUUGGUGACCCUGGAUAAGGUGAUCAGAGAGCUUUUCAUGGACCGAUGCCGUAUUCGGGCGCAUAUCGCUGAGCAGCGCGCGGCACUGGAUGACCAGCUUGAUCUCCUCGAAGCAACCGACUCACGCAUUGACGAACUUCGGCUGCUUUGGGACAGCAUCGCUGCCAGAUUGGGGCUGAGAAGCAACAACUAG